ACCAGGGCUGGCAGAGCUAUUGCUGAGAAAAACUCUUCACAGGAAGCUUAUCAUGUUACCAUGUUCAGAGGAAGUAUAGCUUAUGACUGUAACGUCAACAGAUAUAAUUCAAGGCAAGUUUUUUUUUCUAAUACCACAAGUUGAAAAGGAGAAUAGAAAAUGGCUGGGUGCAACACAGACUGUGUUGAGAAACCAAUAGCUAGAGGAUUUGAAAUACUUGGGCGUUUUGUUGGUAGACACCACUGGUGGUUUUUUAUUCUUCCAAUGUUGAUUUCUGCGUGUCUUGGCGGAGGAUUUUACUUCCUUGCGGACAGAGAAGCAAACGGCAUUGAAGAGAUGUUUACACCUAUGAAUGGACCGGCGAAAGACGAACGACGAGUAGUUAAAGAAUACUUUCCACAGAAUGAUAYCGAKUUCUCUCGUUUGCGGCUCUAUACUGAAGGGACCUUUGCAUCUCUCAUAAUUGUUACGCCUACAGCAAAUAUCCUCACAAUUCCUGCUUUUACUAAAAUUGUUGAUAUUGACAGGGACGUGAAAGCCAUUGAAMUWGGAACAUUUAAUUUCUCAAACCUUUGUGUUAAGAAAGGUGAUGUGUGCGUGUCAAAUUCAAUCUUUGAUAUUGUAAAAACUCCCAAUGUUACCACAACAACUAUUGAUUACCCGUAUCAUGACAACAUUUUCAUCGCAUCUGAAAUUGGUGGUGUGAAACUGAAAACUGGGUCAACUGAAAUUGAAAGCGCAAAGGCAAUUCGACUUUUUUACUUCUUAAAAGAAGACAACCAGARUGUAACUACGAUGUGGCUGCAGAAGUUUAUAGAGACUGCGUCGAUGAUGCAACAAGAAGGCAUGACCAUAUCUUACUUUACAUCAAUAUCAAGAGAAGAAGAGUUUGAGAAGAGCUCUGACUCCAUCAUUCCUCUCUUCUCAUUGACCUAUGCCCUGGCCAUCACUUUUUCAAUCACAUCUUGUAUAAGGUUGGACUGUGUUAGGAACAAGGUGUGGGUGGCGACCUUUGGUGUCCUCUCAGCUGGUAUGGCAGUGUUGUCCAGUUUUGGGUUGUUGCUGUACUGUGGGAUGCCCUUCMCUAUGACUGUGGCAACAGCUCCAUUCCUGAUUCUGGGAAUUGGUGUUGACGACAUGUUCAUCAUGAUUUCUUGCUGGCAGCAGACUCAAGUUCAUGGCGACGUAGAGGAUCGUAUGGCGGCUACAUACAAAGAGGCAGCUGUUUCUAUCACCAUCACAACACUAACUGAUGCCCUGGCUUUCUAUAUUGGUCUGUUAACUCCCUUUGGUUCUGUACAGUCCUUUUGUAUGUAUACUGGCACAGCUGUGCUCUUCUGCUACUUGUACAACAUCACCUUCUUUGGUGCAUUUCUGGCACUGAAUGGAAGACGUGAAAAGAGCAACAGACAUUGGCUGACCUGCAUGAAGGUUCCGGAACCAGAGGAGAAUUCUGAAAAGUACAAUAUCUGCUCCGUAGGGGGAGCUUAUGAUCAUGGAACGGGAAAAGAGGAACCAAUGCCAAUUAACAACUUCUUUAAGACGUACUAUGGUCCAUUUCUAACAAAUAAUUGGACCAAGGGGUUUGUGAUCCUGCUCUAUGCUGGAUAUUUGGGCUCAAGCAUCUACGGUUGCUUCCAAAUCAAAGAGGGCAUAGACCUUAAAAACCUAGCAGCUGAUAGCUCAUAUGUGGGUAGCUAUUAUGAUAAUGAGGACGAAUUCUUUUCAGAGUAUGGUCCAAAUGUUAUGGUUGUUGUGACAGAUAGUACGUUUAAAUAUUGGGACGAAAGUGCUCGGAAUAGUCUUGACUCCUGCCUUCAAAACUUUGAAAGUCUAUCAAUGGUUUCUCAAAACGGGACCAUAUCUUGGCUCAAUCAAUAUCUUACAUUUGGAAAGAUGACCAAUUUGAAUCUAAGUGKGGAAAAUACAUUCAAACGUAAUUUGUCUGCAUUUCUUGAGAGGUCUGAUUUCAUACAAGAUGUGAAUUUUACAGACAACACAAUAUAUGCCUCACGUGUGUUCAUUCAGACAGUCAAUGUCAGUACAGCUGUUGAUGAAAAGAACAUGUUGAAUGAGCUUCGAGAGACAGCUAAUGAUUGUCCAGUAAAGUUGGUUGUUUACCACCCUGCUUUCAUAUACUUUGACCAAUAUGCAGUCAUUGUUAGUAACACCAUCCAAAACAUUGUAGUUGCCACUCUUGCCAUGCUGGUGAUCUCCCUCCUGUUGAUUCCCAACCCAAUAUGUUCUCUGUGGGUGACCUUUGCCAUUGCCUCUGURAUAGUGGGUGUUGCUGGUUUCAUGGCAUUUUGGGAUGUCAAUCUAGACUCUGUAUCCAUGAUCAAUCUUGUCAUCUGCAUCGGUUUCUCAGUGGACUUUUCCGCUCACAUUUCCUAUGCCUUUGUCUCUAGCAAUAAGAGAACUGCUAAUGAGAAGGCCAUAGAUGCUGUCUAUCACUUGGGGUAUCCUAUCAUACAAGGAGCUGUGUCUACUAUCUUAGGAGUGGUGGCCCUGUCUGCAGCUGAGAGCUACAUCUUCAGGACCUUCUUUAAGAUCAUGUUCUUGGUCAUUGUGUUUGGAGCCGUCCAUGGAAUAGUGUUUAUCCCCGUUUUUUUGUCUUUCUUUGGAAUCUGCGGCGCUAAAGUUGGCGAUGAAGAAGAUGCAGGUGAUAACCCUCAAGUUAAUACCUAUCAAUUUAAACUGAAAGGGAAUGAUAAUAUUGCUUGUGAAAACAAUUUCUGACUGUCCUUAAAAACUGCUGGGCUGGGUGGUCAUUCAUUCUUGAAGUCGCUAAGCACUACUUCAGCUGCAGGAUUUGCAACCUGUUUCUACUGAUAACUAUCAGACAUAGAAGCUAGAAAAAAAAUUCAAAUAAAGUUAAUGAUAAAGGACAUUAUGGUAAAGUGUACACUGUAGCUUUUUUAAUUGUGGUGUUUAACCCCCUAUUGGAAGAAAAUAUAACAUAUUGUGCGUGAAUGCUUAGWAAAUCUGACUUGCAUUUGACAAAUGUAAUUAUAUUUGUAAUAUGUAGGAUAUAUUAUCUAUAGAAUAAGAAUGUCUAAGUCAUUCUGAAAAGCACACAUAAACACAGUAGAUUAUAUGUUAUAGAUUACAGGUUAUAGGUAACACAUUCUUUGUUUUUGUUUGUGUCAUGCAUUGCAAAGGUAAAAAAUCUAUAUACUGUAUAUGUGUGAGAUUUCAUAUUUAAUUAGUAUUUCGUCAUAUUGAGUUUCAGUCUAUCAAACUGUGUAAUAUAGUUUUUUCUGUAGUGUCUAUUUUUUCACAAUGUCUAUUCAUUUGGUUUGUGUUUUUCCACAAGGCAUUCGAGUGUCAUGUUGAUUAUUUUACUACAUCUAUUAAUUACAUGCAAGUAGACUAUGUUGAUGAUAUUAAUGGUAGAUUAAUCGGUAUCGCAGAAGUUUAACGUUACAGUGUGAUUGAAAUUUAAGACUAGAAAAGUCAUUUUGACUCAAACAUUCUAACAGUCAAAAUAAAUAUAUUUCAUAUAUGGUAUUGGAAAAAUAAUAAUGUGGCUAUUUUUAUGAAGGUCAUCAGAGUAAUCUUGAAAAAGAUUUCAAGGAACACAAUAGCUUUUUCAUUAGUGUGAGCGGACCAAGUAAUUUGGUGUCACUCUAAAGCGGAAAGGUGGAAUAAACGAGUCAGGAGUAGUUUUUCUUGAUUGAACACAGUUCUCUAUUGAGAGAUUUCUGACAAUACCAACACUCCAACACAAUCAAUGGGAAUCUCCCAAGGAACAACAUACAUUUUCUUCAUUAGAUGACACAGGAACACAAGACGAUUAUCUUUAAACUAUAACAAAAAUCACAGAUUUGUCACCGUCUUAAUGGUUCUUCGUGGAUAGCUCCUCGCUCUCGGUGGCCAUCCUCCAGAGAUAGUUUAUCUUCUUCUUCUCUCCCCUUCGCUGGUUCCCUCCUCUCUCUGCUGGUUCCCUACUCUCUCUGCUGGGUCCCUCCUCCCUCUUGUAGGGAAAAGAGAAUAUGUUAUUAGUACCGUCAGCUGUGCUUAAUUGCCUCUGGUCACAUUGACUCACAACGGUUGUAAAGCAAGAAACCAUCUGGCUAUUCUGUUGUUAUUGUUUCUCUUACCAGCCAUCCACGUGAAGGGAGCAUGGUCAGUAACUAAUGCAAACCUACGACCCAGUAGGUAGUACCGGAGAUAAUGGAUGGCCCAACAAAAUGGCUAGGGCCUCUUUUUCUACGGUAGCAUAUCUCUGUUCCCGAUCGCUGAGCUUCCUACUUAUGAAGAGAAUAGGCCUCUCUGCUUCGCCUUCACCCUGAGCCAGGACGGCCCCGAGCCCCGUUUCUGAAGCGUCUACCUGCACAAUGAACUCUUGUGAGAAGUCUGUAGCAUGUAGAACGGGAUCAGAACACACUUUUAGCAAUUGAAAGGCCUCUUCCGUCUCGUCCUUCCACUCUACCCGGUUUGGCAAGUUUUUCUUGAUGAGGUUUGUGAGGGGAUUGGCAAUGGUUGCAUAUCCAGGGAUGAAACGGCGAUAAUAUCCCGUCAUCCCUAAGAAGGCCCAAACAUCCCGCUUUGUCCGGGGUCGAGGCCAGUCCUGAAUUGCCCUGGUCUUCUCUGCCUGUGGGCGUAUUUUCCCAUUCCCCACGGUGUACCCCAGGUAAUUCCGCUUCGGACAGACCCA